AUCUUAUCUUGAACGUUAGUUCUUAAACCCCGCGUGUUUCCCUCCUUUUCUUAAACCCCUUUCUCUUGUACGCCGGCAAGUCUUAUCCCUUGCAGAUUUAGCGCAUCCAUUACAAACGAUCGCCAAAUCCCAACAAUGUCUCACCUGCUAACCUGGGGGCACCUCUACCUGAAGAAACCCCCUUAUUCCGCGCACUCCUUUUCCUUCCCCAAAGCCUUUAAAGUCGCAGCCUCAGCGACUUCCUCUCCUCAGAAGAGAACGAGGAGCAGGAAGAAGAAGCAGCAGCAGCAGCAGGAGGUGAAGAAAGGUGAGUCGACGCUGUUGGUGUCGGCGGCGGAGAAAGCACUGAGGUUGACGUUCAUGGAGGAGCUGAUGGAGCGGGCGAGAGGCCGCGAUAUCGCCGGCGUUUCUGAAAUCUUCUACGACAUGGUUGCUGCCGGGCUCAGCCCCGGUCCGCGCUCAUUCCAUGGCUUGAUUGUGGCACAUGUGCUUGCUGGAGAUGAAGAGGGCGCGAUGCAGUCUUUUAGAAGAGAGUUGAGUGCAGGCGUCCUACCUCUCCAUGAAACGUUUGUUGCAUUGAUUCGUUUGUUUGGUUCUAAAGGCCAUGGAACUAGAGGUUUAGAAAUCCUUGCGGCAAUGGAAAAGCUGAACUUUGACAUUCGGCAAGCUUGGCUUGUUCUCGUUGAGGAGCUUAUUAGGAACAAGCAUUUGGAUGAUGCUAAUAGAGUGUUCUUAAAGGGUGCUGAAGGUGGGCUUAGAGCCACUGAUGGGCUGUAUGAUCUGAUAAUUGAGGAAGAUUGUAAAGUUGGAGAUCAUUCUAAUGCCUUAACCAUUGCCUAUGAAAUGGAGGCAGCUGGGCGGAUGGCCACCACUUUUCAUUUUAAUUGUCUUCUUAGUUGUCAAGCUACUUGUGGAAUACCUGAAAUAGCUUUUGCAACAUUUGAGAACAUGGAAUAUGGAGGAGAAGAUUCUAUGAAACCUGAUACAGAGACAUACAAUUGGGUGAUCCAAGCAUAUACAAGAGCUGAAUCCUAUGAUAGGGUGCAAGAUGUUGCUGAGUUACUUGGCAUGAUGGUUGAAGACCACAAACGGCUGCAACCUAAUGUGAAAACCUACGCGCUGUCAGUAGAAUGCUUUACCAAGUAUUGCGUUGUAAGAGAGGCUAUUCGGCAUUUUCGUGCCCUUAAAAAUUUUGAAGGGGGGACAAAAGUUUUACAUAAUGAAGGGAACUUUGGAGAUCCACUUUCUCUGUAUCUUCGGGCUCUAUGUCGAGAAGGAAGGAUUGUUGAGUUGCUAGAAGCUUUAGGAGCUAUGGCCAAAGAUAACCAACCAAUCCCACCACGAGCCAUGAUCUUGAGCAGAAAAUAUCGGACAUUAGUUAGCUCAUGGAUUGAACCAUUACAAGCUGAAGCUGAACUUGGAUACGAGAUUGAUUAUGUUGCGAGGUAUAUUGCAGAGGGUGGACUUACAGGUGAGCGCAAACGAUGGGUUCCACGUAGAGGGAAAACUCCUCUAGAUCCUGAUGCCCAUGGAUUUGCAUAUUCAAAUCCAAUGGAAACCUCCUUCAAACAAAGAUGUCUUGAGGAAUGGAAGAUACACCACCGAAAGCUUCUGAAAACCCUACGAAAUGAAGGGCUUGCAGCUUUGGGGGAUGCAUCUGAAUCUGAUUAUAUGAGAGUAGAGGAAAGAUUGAAGAAAAUUAUAAAAGGUCCUAACCGGGGUUCUCCAAAGCCCAAGGCUGCUAGUAAAAUGAUAGCUUCUGAAUUAAAGGAAGAACUGGAAGCUCAAGGGCUACCAACUGAUGGAACUAGAAAUGUGCUCUACCAGAGGGUGCAAAAAGCAAGGAGAAUAAAUCGCUCUCGUAGCCGUCCCAUUUGGGUUCCUCCAGUGGAGGAGGAAGAAGAAGAGCAGGUUGAUGAGGAGCUGGAUGAAUUAAUUUCACGAAUCCAAUUGCACGAAGGAGAUACAGAGUUCUGGAAACGCCGUUUUCUUGGAGAGGGAGUGAAUGGUGAUCAUGGCAAACCCUUGGACAAGGAGAACUCAAAACUUCUAGAUGCUUUGGAUGAUGAUGAAGAUGUUGACGAUGAGGAAAAAGAGGUAGAAGAUGAUGAAGCUGAUGAAGAGGAGGUAGUGGAGCAAACUGAAAUCCUAGUGGGAGACAGCCUCAAGGACAAGGAAGAUGAAGCCAGAAAACCUCUUCAAAUGAUGGGAGUUCAAUUGUUAAAAGAUUCUGAUCAAAUAAGUACUGCAUCAAAAAGAUCAAAGAAGACUUCUCGAGUAAUAAUGACGGACAACGAUGAUGAUGAUGACUGGUUUCCUUUAGACAUAAACGAGGCACUUAAGGAGAUGAGAAAGAGAAAAAUUUUCGAUGUAUCAGACAUGUAUACAAUUGCUGAUGCCUGGGGUUGGACGUGGGAGAAGGAACUGAAGAAUAAAGCUCCUCGAAGAUGGUCUCAAGAAUGGGAAGUUGAGUUGGCAAUUAAUAUAAUGCUGAAGGUUCUAGAAUUGGGUGGGAAGCCAACUAUUGAGGACUGCGCCAUGAUACUCCGUGCAGCUAUCAGGGCUCCUCUCCCAUCCAGCUUCUUAAGAAUCCUGCAGACAGCACGUAGUCUUGGUUAUGUCUUUGGGAGACCCCUCUAUGAGGAAAUUAUCUCUCUCUGCCUUGAUCUUGGGGAACUUGAUGCAGCUGUUGCUAUAGUUGCUGACAUGGAAACUGCUGGAAUUACAGUAUCAGACCAAAUUCUGGACACAGUGAUUUCUGCUAAGCAGAUUGGUGAUGGUGCAGUUGAUGGUACAACUUGAUUGCUGCAGUUGCAUACUUUCUUAUUGUGCACUUAUUCCUCCAUAUGCAGCUCACAGCUUGCAAUUUUCUAACGCAAUAGAGCUGAAAUUGGUAGUUAUGGUGCAAGUGUGUGGUUAAUUAAUGAUGCCAAUAAUGACAUUUUAUCUAUCUAAUUUUCUUUUCAUUU